UUUACCACCACCAAACUUAAACUCGGCUUUUUCGUCCAAUUCUUACUUCACUGUCUCAGACUAGCUGUCUGCAGUGUUGUAAACAUGACGCGCCUAAUCCUCUCUACUUCCAAUAUUAUGACCGGUGGACCUUCUAUAAUAAGAAAACCAGGGGCAGACCGAUCGAAUCUCGAGCUCACAAACUCCCUCCGAAGCAAUUUUCUGGCAGCGCAACAAGAUUAUUCCCCUCCACUCUCCGCAACGAAUAGCGUUAGAGACAGUUCCGAUGAAGACCAAAUCUCUCGGCCACAAGCCUCGGUCUGGACAUCGCGUCAUGGUUCCGAAUAUUACAUUCCAAAGAUAGACUGGUCAAUGUCUGGUCUUGCGGAAGAGCCAAGUCAAUACGAUAUCACAGUCAAGUUGUUCUACUUGAAGGAGGCAGAUGUUAAGGAGAGACCACAGCAUACCAAAGAUGCGGUAAAUCUGGUCUUGAAAGAACUAGGAGUACCUUCGAUUGAUCUCUUAAUCGUUUCGUUCCCAGGAAUGUCCUUUGAGGGUGACUGCGAGUGGGAAGCAGACAAGAAGAAUUCGGCGCAAGGCAAUGAUGAGGAGGAGAUCGCAUCCUGGUCAGUUCUUGAAGAACUACACAACAAUGGUGUUGUGAAGAGGUUGGGUCUCGCAGAAUUUGGCAGUGAAAAGCUAGCAAGGUUUCUUGCAAGAGUCAAUGUCCGACCGCAAGUCGACCAGGUUAAUGUCAAGGACUGUUGCAAUGUCCCGCCACCACUAAUGAAGCUGGCAAAGCGGGAGCAAGUCGAGCUGCUCACACAUAAUGAUUGCACGGACAUCCUUCCAAGCGGUACUUUAAGAGAACUAUUGGGCCAAGGGGUUAGAGGAGCAGGAAUCCUUUCUGAGACGAAGAGGGGAAUUGAUGGGAUGAAAGGUGAUUUGACCCCGGAAUGGGUGGUCAAAUAUACUGCAGUGGUUCGAGACCGAGGUGUAAUCGAAAAUAAGGGAUAUUUUGCCGUUGCAGAGCUGAAGGAAUGAUGGUCGAGUGAGGUAAAUGGAGGGAUACUUGGAUACGGCGUUCGGCGCAUGGCGUUAUGAGCAGCACAUUAUAAGCGUA